CAUUCAACGGAUUGAAUUAUAAAAAUAAAAAAUUGUAAUUUAUUUUCCCUGUCCAUACCGACAAACAGAAUCAUUUUUCUAACGUUAUUCUGUUAAUACUGAUGGUAAGUGUGUUAAAUGGAUUUACUGAAACUGUUUUGGAUACUGCAGCUUUAUUGAAAAGAAGAUAAUAGCCUGCAGGUUGACACCAAUGCAUGUAGAAAUGCUUAAUGGCAAGAGCACGCCAAGGAAACUGGCAGCACAAACUGAGUAAAUGGCAAUGCAGUUUCCUCAAUUUGUGCUGCUCCAUUCAGUAACAUGUGCUGAACUCAGGGUGAUAACAAUUCUUGGAAAUUGCAGUUGCCAGUUUCCUUGGUGUGCCCUCACCCUAAGAGGGCCUGCUCUCUGCACAGGAAUAUUUGAUUAUAACAAAAUUCCAUUGCAAGCUGAUACAUUCUAUUUGUUCACCGAUCCCACCACAUUACUUAACAUAGUAGAACUGUCUAUCCCUUUGACUCUUGCAUCCAGUAAGGCACCAUGGACACAGCCUGAUUCAUAAGAAGGAAUCUGCAUGUUAUAAAAAUGAAGACAAAUAUCUAGGUCCAAAUUGGCAUUUGAAGCUGCAGUUAGACACUGAAGAGUCAAAAUCUAUAUGCACAGCAAACUUGGCGGUUACACUAUUUAAAAGUUCACAUUUUAACACCAUAAAGUAAAGUUAUCUGUGCGAUUAUUUAUGCACCACGCCAUAAAUAUCUUGGUUGAAGUGUGGAUAUCACUUCACUAGUCUCAAUCCAAGCAAUAGAUAAGUGUGAACACAGCUUCACGCUCGUUCACGCUUCUGCCACCUUACGACCGGGGAAACUGCCCCUAGUAUCGACCGUAUCAACUGUAUAGGAGGCUGGGUGAGCCCCAUAGCCGGCCUCGCCGUUAUGGAAAAAGGAAUCGAACCUCGCCACCUCAGAUUUGGCCCCCAUGCUAGUCCCGCUAGUCACUACGCUACACAGCAACACCAGUUCUCCCUAUCAAUAUUAAAGAUACUGAUGAUGAUAUUGAGUACCAUCAUCUCGAAGGAAUAAAAUUCUGUACAAGCUGUAGAACAGUGUAUUUCCUCGAAUCGUCAAUUAAUCCGUAGUUACUAAUGGCAGCUAACUACACGCCAGGCGUGGAAUCGUGUAGAAUAACAUUUUUUGUUCUAUCUUUGUGUGUGACUCAGGUGCAUUUGUAUCAUGGUGGUCUCAUGUAGGUUGGAAGUAAUAACAGUGUAACUGAAUGGGUUUGUUACAUGCGUGUUAACCUAAUGUGACUGUUAAUUUUUGUUUAUAAUAUUACUUGCAUAUACCAGCCAUACAGCUGGUAGUAAGUAUAAUCGCUUUCGAGCACGGACAUUUAUUUAUCAGUGUCAUCAUGAACGAAAUAGGGAUAAAGUCUGUAAGAUCACCUAAAACAACACCAAUUACAGAUGACUAUGAAAUAUCGAACACAGUUUUAGGAUUGGGAAUUAAUGGGAAAGUGGUGCAAUGCUACAGCAAGAAAACGAGAGAAAAACAUGCUUUGAAGGUUCUUCACGAUUGCACAAAAGCUCGUCGUGAGGUAGAUCUUCAUUGGCGGGCAAGUGGCUGUCGACAUAUUGUUAAUAUUAUUGAUGUAUAUGAGAAUACAUAUAGUGGAAACAAGUGCCUCCUGGUUGUUAUGGAAUGUAUGGAGGGAGGUGAGUUAUUUCAGCGAAUACAAGACAGACAAGAUGGAGCUUUUACAGAACGAGAGGCUGCACAGGUUAUGCGUGAAAUAUGCCUUGCUGUGAAAUAUUUACAUGAGAUGAACAUUGCUCAUCGAGAUCUUAAACCUGAAAACCUGCUGUAUACCAAACCAGACCAGACAGGGAUUUUAAAACUCACAGACUUUGGAUUUGCAAAAGAAACUUUUUCAAAGGACACACUGCAGACACCAUGUUACACUCCAUACUAUGUUGCUCCAGAAGUUCUUGGCCCAGAGAAAUACGACAAGAGUUGUGACAUCUGGUCACUGGGAGUCAUCAUGUAUAUUCUUUUGUGUGGUUUCCCACCAUUCUACAGUAACCAUGGACUGGCCAUCUCUCCUGGCAUGAAAAAGCGGAUCCGCACAGGGCAGUAUGACUUCCCGGAUCCUGAAUGGAAAAAUGUGGCUCAGGAUGCUAAGGAAUUGAUUCGAGGAAUGUUAUGCAUUGACCCAACACAACGUCUUACCAUUGAACAAGUGAUGCGUAACAAGUGGAUUGCUCAAUAUACAGAGGUGCCCCAAACACCCUUACACACAGGCCGUAUGUUACGUGAAGCAGAGGACCUCUGGCCAGAGGUUCAAGAAGAAAUGACACGUUCGCUUGCAACAAUGCGUGUUGACUAUGACCAGGUGCACAUUAAGAAUCUGGAUAACACAAACAAUCCAUUGCUGAAUAAACGGCGCAAGCGUGGGGUGCCUGAUCCGACAGACAGUCCGACGCAAUAGUUUGCAUGGUUGUAUCUCGUAUUUCUGUACUGCAGAAGGUGUUCAUAUUGGCUGAAACAGAUGGAAGGGAUGACAGAGGUAGGGCUUAGCUCAAGCCAAAGGUAGGGAAAGUCUUAAAAACUUACUUGAAUUUUGCAAUGUUGGUAUGGUGUAGGUACAGGCGGUAUUCUGUACCGAUAUUUUCAUGUGUGUCUGUAGUUAAUAUAUUUUAUCUUAUAACACAUAGUCUUAAUGAAAAACACACAUGAUAUUUUAAAUGAAGACAUUUAUUUAUAGAGUUAAUAUCUAUAAUUUAUUAGUGUUAUAGCAUAAUUUUAUCCUUUGGUUUCUCUGAAUGUUAUGUGACUUAAAAGUAGAGUGCACAAAGCAGGCUCAGAAAAAAGCUAUCCAGUAUUUGGCUCAGAAUAAUGCUAUGCAGUAUUACCUAAAGUAUUCGGCCGUCACAUUCAGACUGGCAGUGCCUACUUUAAAUUGGUUGAUGGUUCUGGUAAGGGUACAAAAAUAUUUUUAACUGAAGUGCAUGUCUGUAGUAAGUAGUUGUGAUGCAUUUAAAGUCAGUUUUAUUCUGUAUUUUCUCCCAAAAAUUUGAGUGAUUGCAUUUAUUAUUUUUCACAGUGCUUUGCAAUCGAUGGAAGUAUUUUGUGGUAGUGCAAUUGCUUUGGAAAAACGUUUCUUUGGCCCCAUUGGCAUAUUUCAACA